UGUCUCCUCCACCCAGGCCAUUAUACCUGCCUCUUUGCCUCUCAAUUAGGCAGUCUUACCAGCCACUAAUCUGAUAAUCUCUGUCCUGUCUCUCUCAUCCCAUCCUCCAUCUCUCUCACAUCUCUCCUCUGACGACUCCUUCGCUUGUCUCUCCAUCUUCUCUCCAUCCCCCACCACCAACGGCGAAGUUUCCUGUGAACUUUUUAUGGUCAUCUGUCUUCAGUCUGUGAAGUCUCUCUCUAAUUUAAAGACACACGCUCCAUCACCCCUUCUGCACGUCUCCUCUCUUUUGAAAAGCUCCUGCACAAAGAGGAUAAAGCUACUGUGAGCAGUGGUUGCUGACACGCGAGGUGCACUGCAGUCCCUCUUCAACCCCCGAACGGCAGCAGAGUAAUACAACCUCGUCUGAGGACGGUUAUGGAAAAUUCAACGGAGGAGACGAGAACAGAAUCCGCAAAUUGUACCCUUACUGGGGAAGAGGUGGAGCAAAGCGAUGAUGUCCAGAGCCCCGCCCCCACAGAAACACAAACAACACACACAGAGGGUUCUGCCAGUGUAGAGGAGGAAGGAAAUGAAUGGGAGAAUGGACAGAAUAGAGCAGAUGGAGAGAUGCAUGUAGCCGAUGGAGUGGACUUGUCUUCCAUUAACUCCAUGAUGAACACUGUGAUGAAAACACCUCAACUUAACGGCGGAGUAGACUCCGCCCACACCACGCCCAAUAAGGUGCCAGUCAAAAGCCCCAGCACCAACCGCAGUGGAAGAAAGACCCAGGAAGCCAAAGAUGACAGCGGGUGUAUUGUCUGUCCGCUGUGCGAUAAGGGCUUUCAGACCCAACACCAGCUCACCAUGCACAUCCGCCAGCACAACACCGAUAGUGGGAAUUCGGACCACUGUUGCAGUAUCUGCGGGAAGUCUCUGAGCUCGGCUAGCUCUCUGGAUCGUCACAUGCUAGUGCACAGUGGAGAAAGACCUUACAAAUGCACUGUGUGCCAUCAGACUUUCACUACCAAUGGCAACAUGCACAGACACAUGAAGAUCCAUGAGAAGGACUCUGCCAGCUCCAUCCCCAGCAGUCCGACUCUGUCUCCACCUAAGCGUCGACGUCCCUCUGCAGCUAAACGCAAACUAAGCCACGAUGAAGACAGAGAGAAGACAGAGGAGCCAUCAAGCAAAAAGGUCCUGGAGGAUAGUGGGGCAGAUGAGCAGGGUUUGAACAAAGGACAGGAGGAAGUCUUGACCUGUCCUAUCUGCUUCAAGAGCCUCACAUGCAAAAACGACUUUGACACCCACAUGGAGACCCAUCCUGACACUACACUGAGAUGUGAUUUAUGCUGCAUUUCAUUCCGGACACACCGAAGUUUGCUCCGCCACAAUGCAGCUACCCAUAAGCAGCUACCCACAGACCCCAGUGGACAGCCCUUUAUUCAGAAUAACCCAUCCAUCCCUCUUGGCUUUAAUGAUCUGGCUUUCAUUGACUUUUCAUGCCAGAAAUUCCCUCGUAUUGCCCAGAUUUGGUGUGAAACAAACCUUCGCCGAUGUACUGGCAAAUUCCAUCGUUUUGUAUGUGACACAUGUGAUAAGGCAUUCCCUCUUAGCUCAGCUCUGGACUUGCACAAAGCCUCACAUGGGAAUUCCAGUGGCACCCAAGAGACAACUUCACCCUUAAUUAUGAAAGAUGAGCUUCCCGCUCCUGAGAAAAGCAGCUUCAUGGACUCCCUGGGCUUGAAGCACAUCUCUAAGAUAAAGCCUGCCCCUUCAGAAGAGGACGCCCUGCAAGCCAAGCUAGAUAGCAUCCGGAUUAUCCAUGUAGAGCCGAAUCAGUCCACCGUACCUCAAGAGGCUGGACUUGUUGGAGGGGUUAACCUGUCUCUUGUAGACCCAGCGACUCUUCACGGUCUGUCCCAUCAAGAAGCUCUCAAACUGCUGUCCCUUCAGCCUUUUCAGACAGGUUUUCUGGUGCAGCCGGAUGGUGGUAUGGUGGUGAAGCCUGUUUGUGGUGAAUCCAGCAUGGAACUCGCUGAUAUACAGCAAAUACUCAAAGUAGCUUCCGCUGCUCCUAACCAAAUCUCUCUCCCACCCUUAUCCAAGGCGCCUUGUAGUGCUGUGCAGUCGGGCUACAAGCAGAUGCCUCCACUCAAGCCAAAGCCUUUGGUGGCUCCCAGAACCAGUAUGGUAGCUUCAACUCCACCACCACUUUUGAACACCCAGCAAGCUUCACUGGGCUGCAUCAGCCCUAGCCUCCCACCUCCUGCCAACCAUCCUCUCAAGACAGCUAGGGAUCUCUCCUCAUCUUCCUCACCCUCUUCUGCCAACAACCAGGCUUCUGCAGAGAGAAUACAAAUGGAGGCAGAAUGCAUGGGAGAUGCCCAUACCCCAAUGGACAUGGAUGAAAGACAUAUCAAGCAGGAGAAUGGCAAGUUAGAAGAGACCACUGGAAAGAAAGGAACAUCUCAAAAAGGCUCAUAUCCCUGCCGAUUUUGUGACCAGGUCUUUGCGUUCUCUGGUGUGCUGCAAGCACACAUGCGAUAUCAUUUGGGCAUUCUACCCCACCAAUGCAAUAUCUGCGACUAUGUUGCUCCAGACAAGGCUACAUUGAUCCGUCAUUUGAGAACACACAGUGGUGAGAGGCCCUAUGUCUGUCGGCUUUGUCAUUACCCUUUUACUGUCAAGGCUAACUGUGAGCGUCACCUUCGCAAAAAGCACAUGAAAAGCAAUCGCAAGGAGAUUGAGAAAAACAUAAAAUAUGUUACCUCGUCCACAUCCACAGCAGAUGUGCUGGAACAGGCUGGGACUAGUGAAACUACCUGCCGCUUCUGUGGGGAGGACCUAAAGACCUUCCGGGCCCUGCAGAUUCACUUGCGCACACACAAUGGCUGCCAGCGAAAGCCAUUUGAGUGCAAGCGUUGUGGAGCAGCCUUCCUUGCCAAGCGUAACUGUAUCCAUCACCUUCUGAAACAACAUCCAGAGGUCCAAGAGCAGGAUAUUGAAGAGCACAUAAUCACACUUUUAGCUUCAUCAACCCAAAAUAGUCCAAACCCAUCUCCUCUCAAUGGGGUUUCUCCUAGUACUGUGGUGCAGCCUAUCAAGGUUGAAGACCUUAACUUCUACAACAUAGAUAUGGACCAACCUCUGGACUUCUCUAACAAAAGUCGUGGGGGCAGCAGUGCUGGAAGUGUGAGUGGAUCACCCGGGAUCAAAAUUGAGCCUGUCUCCUAUGACUCUUCCAUGGAACCCAUUGACCUCUCUAUUCCUAAGAAUCCUCUGAAGAAGCUUAAACAAGACAUUGAGGCCACAUUGCCAAGAGAGAUUAAGAAAGAACAUUCAUCCAUCAGCAUCCUUGCAAAGGCUCUUCAGGCUGAUAAGUCCAUUGAUGAGAAGUCCCAACCGCUUGGAUGCUACCAGGUCCCUGUAGCCUUGACCUCCAUUACUGGUAGCACUAAUGCUGCAGGAAGGCCCUUGCGCCUAAAGCCCCUGCUUCCUAAACCUUCCUCUGCUGCUGUGAAGGAACUUCCACCAUUGGCAUCCAUUGCUCAGAUCAUUUCCUCUGUUUCUGGUGCCCCUGACCUUCUAAAACGGGACAACACUAACAGCCUUCAGGCUGAUUCUGAUACACAUGGCAAGCAAGAGUCACCAGAUACCUUGACAGAGGAGCUCUCCCUAGAGAGCUCCAAGAAGAGGUCCAGGAAAAGGCCUUCCAGUAGCAUAGCGAAAGAAAAACCUGUGAUGAAUGCCACAGACCCGAAUAUUGAUUUGGAAUCUAGUGGGGAGUUUGCAAGUGUUGAGAGGAUGUUGGCAAACACUGAUGCCAACAAGUUUAGCGCCUAUCUUCAGACCAACACAAUUGAGUUGGCAAGAAAAGGCGGGCAGCAGCCAGGUGGUAGUGACGAGAAAGAGGUGAAAGAUGAGAAACACCUGCCAGCCCAGCAUACUGUUCAACCCCAUCAGUCCAAAGGGAAGAAGAAUGCAUACUCAAAUUCUGUGCAAAAGAUGACUUGCCCCUUUUGUCCCAGAGUUUUCCCUUGGGCCAGUUCGCUUCAGCGCCACAUGUUAACACACACAGGUCAGAAGCCAUAUCCUUGUCCCCAAUGUGAUGCCUUCUUCUCGACCAAGUCCAACUGUGAGCGGCAUCUUUUACGCAAGCAUGGCAUUUCCAACCGAGUGCUUAGGCGCAAUGGUGUAAUACCCAAGUCUAAAGAAGCAGAGGAAGGCUCACCAGAGAGUGCAGAGAGCACAUCUGAAACAGAGCUUCCUGUGGGUGAGGCAAUGGAUCUCACAAAUUCAGACCCUGAGAAGCCUGUAGCAACGGAUGCUGAAAAACCCUCACCAGCCAAGCCGACAGAAGCAGCUGUGGUAGAGCCUCUUCCUCACAAAGAGGAGGAGGACCCAACAGCCCUCGAGUCAUUGAAGUACAGUGACCCAGAAAAAGAGGAUGGCGAUUCCCAUAGCAAUAAGAACCUUGACUUGACAUUUGUCUCUAAGCCAAAGGACUUCAAGAUCACUGAGAAAGACCAGCCACAGUCCUCCCCUACAGCAGAUGGUGACAUUUCUGACAAAACGCCUCAGGAGGAGUCCAAAUUCACCUGCAAAAGUUGCAAGAAGAGUUUCCGCUACGCUGCCACCCUGACCAGACAUGAGAAAGUUCAUCAGCUGGAUGUAGCAUCAGACCCAACUAAUGGACCUGCACAAAACCUCACAAAAUCAGGUGAUCCAGUUGUGCCUUCUGAAAAUAAGAAAGAGGUUACAGAAGAAGAGGUGGAAAGCUUAAGGAAGGGCAUGGCUGAGAACGAGGGAACAGGCAGUGUGGUGGAGAGUGGGUCAGAGGAGGAUAAGGAGGAGAGGAGUGAUGAAGAGGGAGCUGCAACUGAACCAAAGAGUGCCGAGGGAGAAAUUGAAGAACCUGGCAGCAAGCCAGACAAGAGGAAAAAGGUGUGCAAUAUAUGCAACAAACGUUUCUGGAGUCUUCAGGAUCUCACCAGACACAUGCGCUCUCACACAGGUGAGAGGCCUUACAAGUGUCAGACCUGUGAGCGCACCUUCACCCUAAAGCACAGUUUGGUCCGACAUCAGCGUAUCCACCAGAAACUACGUGGAGUGGAUAGUGAUGGUUCGACUUGUGGGCUCACAGGUGGACCCGACGAGGAGGGCUUCAGUGGGCGUUCGGCUAGCGAAGGCGAGUGCACACCUACAAGCACCAAUCCACCUUCUGAGAAUGAAAGUGAAGUAGCAGACACUGUGAAGGGGGAACCGACCUCACAGGAUAAAGAGGAGGACUGCGUAGCCACUAUACCAGCUGUGGAAACUGAAGAGUUUAAACCAACCUCCGAGACAGGACCUGCACCAGCAACAGAGACACCCAAAGAACCUCCAGCAGAGGAACAAGCAUCAGAUUCACCCACCACAUCUGACAUAGAGCCGUCGGAGGGAUUCAUCCAAGGAUUACUGGAGAUCCACACCAAGCCCACUACUGAGCACAUUUUGCCCACCUCCGAACCACCACUGCUUGGGGUGAAGUGAAGAGCGACUCUUUCUUUAUGUUGUGAAACAUUGUGCUGCAACAAGAAGCAGUGCCAUAUAACAAAAGUACAUUGCAGUGAAAAAAAAAAAAAAAGCGAUGACUGUUUCCAAGUGCCUUUCUACUUUUUUGCUAUAUCUUUAUCAGCAUUUAUCAUGAUCUAAAGUUGAUUUUUAUAGUAUUUUACAUUGAUCGUUUUGAUUUUUUUGGAAUCCUGAGAGAACUACAAUAAGCAAUAUAUGAACAAAUUAGCAUAUCGUAUUGUACAGUUCAGUGACAGUGAAAACCGUCUUAUGAAAAGCAGGUUUAUACCCUAUUCAGCGAAGGCUGAGACUAACAACAGGACAUAUUUCUACUGAGAGGCUCGCACCCAAGUGCAUAACUGGAAUACGCAAAGACGACUUGUUCACCACAGGGCUUCUUCAUGGCUGUUUGUCCUCCCUUAAUUUGCCAGUAGUUUCCCCUUUUGUCUAAAUCUUUUAAUGACAAAGGCUUCCAGAGUAAUUGUUUUAUUACAGUAAUGAGCUCUAUUGUUCUGGGUGCUGCAUCAUGUAGAGAUUUUUGGGGGAAACAGCCCAGAAAAGAUCUGAGGGUCAUACUUGGAAAGGUGUUCAACAGCUAUCACAUAAAGUAUAUGGGCAAUGUUUGCCCAAAAAUAGGUGAUGAAUGUCCAGCUGUGCUGAUUGUGUCAGAUGUCCUUAGCAUUAGCAUUUUGUUUUUGGCACAAAGGGGGUGUUUUUUAAUGAGGGAAGGCAUAUUUUUAACUUAAGGGCUCAUAAAUUACUGUCCCUCAAGCCCUGUCUCAGCUACUUAAGAACACACACACACACAAAAACACACAAUAAGGAAGCCCAUGAGUUAUGAAUCUGAUGUACUUGACCUGUUUCCAGGGUGACUGUCUUCCAAAAACAUCACUUUUUUUUUUAGCCUUACUCUUUCUUCUGAGCUUUAGGCAGGUGUCUCACUUUCUGCCAGGGCUCAUGAACUAGAAUUCAUGGUGUACUUGAACCCUGUCGCCCUGCUGCCUCCUGUCAGGAUGUGUCGUCCUGCAGCGCUCCUCAACUAGGAGGACCCCAUGUCAAUCACAUGUUCUUUUGUAGUUGGAUCUCUUUAACCUCUCAGUUUUAUGAACUUGUGUUGUAAAGAAACCUCAGACACAAACAAAGCAAACCUCAAAGGGCAUGAAGACUGUUUGAAAUCGCAUGGACUGGUAAGAAUCUUCAAAUAUAGGUCUCCUGAUUUCCUGGAGCAGCCGUCUACCAAACAGAUGACUUGUGAUCUGCACGCCACUAAACUCCAUGCGGUGGCGGGAUGAUAUAAGAAGGCAAAUGAGUGAAAAGGAAUAUUUAACCAAUUGUGGGGCUGGAGAGAGAAUUUGCCCCGAUUGGAUACCAAGUUGUGUGUGCCCCCUAGUGGUGAAGAUCUAACAUCUCUGCUCAGGCGGGAGACUUGUAGUAUUGGAUGAACUUGAAUGCAAUUGCAAUCGCUUUCUCAAUCUGUGUAUUCCGGGACUUCUGCUUCUCCCGAUGCCUUUUCCUGGGUUCAUGUGAGUGUGUUUUGUGUUGGUUGUGCGUGGAAGUGGUUGGUUUCCUGGUAAGAAUGCUCACAAACUGUUUUUAAUGUAUUUAUUAUGACCCAGUGCGGGUGAAGAAGUAAAUGUGGAGAAGCCAUGUAUUAAUACAAUUAUGCUGCAUAAAAAAUGAUUCAAAUUCAAUACUUAGCAUCCCAGCUUUGAUCUGGGUUCUUGAUGAUGAUGAUAAUAAUCACUUUUGAUCCGAAAGCUUUAUGUAGACCUUUGUAUGCAUUUUUUUUUUUUUUUUUUUUUUUUUUUUUUAGAAUGUGUGGUCUGUUUCUGUUAUCUUUAUUAUAUUAUUAUUAUGAUGAUGAUUAUUUCAGUUUGACAGAGAGAUACAAGUUGUUUUCAUUGAUAUAUUCUUUUAUGUAUAAAACUGUGAAAUUUACUGUUAUUCUGCUAUGGGUGAAUCUGUAGGGUAGUUUUGCAUGAUAACCUUUUGUUGUUCAGUUAUUAAUGUUUUUUUUUUUCUUCUGUUUUCGCCCCACCCGCCUCCUCGCUCUGUCUCACUCUCAGGGUUCGUACAAAAGGCUUUCUCAAAUCAUCAUUUUCCUUGCAAAACUUUUCUUCACCUAUGAUUUCUGAAUAUGUUAAAUCGUCAAUCACUACUUUUUUAGCACUUGACUGUGAAUUCAAAUGAACAGGGUGGAGUUAUCAAAUCCACAUUCCACUCAUAGGUUUUCUACAAGACGUUAAUCUUCUUUUACCCCCAUUUUUUGAGUUUUAUUUGAAAUCCUCCCUGUCUCUUGGAAGAAUGGAGAGCUGUCACUGUUUGACGUUAUGACCGAUGUAAAAGGGAGUUUUGUGUCGCUGCUACAUCCCCAAAAAUAAUUCUACUGGAUUUGAAUGGAACCAGAAUCACCAGAACAUUUUUGGUACACUACUCUUGUUCUUCGAAUGAGUGCUUCAGAAUCAGAAAUGUAAGCUGUUCUGUAUCAAAACUAUUCAAGCAAUAAAGAUAUAUUAAAGAAAA